AUGGUUGUCUCGUCCCUUGUUCGCCGAGGCAUGGAGCUGGCCUCCGACAUGCCCAUGAACUCCAAAAAUCCUGAAGUACCUUCCAUUCAUCUGUCAGGAUGGCUGGCUGGUCUUUUUGUCUUCUCUGUCCUAGCUUUCUUUUUUGUUGUCUUCUCGAUCGAAUACACCUAUGGAAUGGUGGUUGCAGCUCUCGCCGCUGUCGAGGAAACUAACCCCGAUAUCUAUAUCCGCGUGAAGACCGACUCCAAUCCCGACAAAGAUGUCGACGCGGCUGAGCCCGAGGCAGAUAUUCUUCGCCCUCAGCCUAUCACUAGUAAACUGCGCACCACCAUUAAACAUCUCCGUGCACGCGCCGGCUUCUGGUCUCGUUUCCGCGGUUUCGGUCUGUUCUUCACAUACUCUCUGGCCGAGGGGUUUCUCUUCUCGAUUCUACCCGUGUCCAUGACCAACUUUGCCGGGCAGCUGGUCGCCAGAAUGAUCAUCGGCAUGGCCCUGGCCAACCUGGAAAUGACCUGGGUGCAUAUUGUGAUAUCUGAGCCCUCCCCCAAGCGCUUCUACCAGCGCAUUCCCGGAUUCAAGAGCUGGCUGAGGAUUGCCCCUGUCGUUGCCUUUGAGCAAGGCGCUGUCUGUGCCGCUUUCUACAUCCCCCUACUUAUCGCCGGAGCUGCUGGAGCUCUGAGCGACUUGGUUGUUGAUCCCAACGCUAACCUCCCACCGGCUGAGCUUGUGAGCCGCGCAGCCACGGUCAUCGCCAUCCCAUCCCUGCUUGCUGGUCUCGUAUCCAUCCCCGUGCGGGCCGUUACGAUUCGUGUUGCAGCCUCCAUGCUUCCAAAGGAGGAUGAAGCGAUCAUACCCUUUGACCGCUCCUUCGGCGGAAAGGUGGUUCCUGCCACUCUGGGCGGCAGCGGUAAGCUCAGCAUCAAAGAUGCAUGGACGACCUUUGAUGGACCUGCUCGCAUUCGCUACCUGAAGGUGAUUGGUAAGGUCUUUGCCAUGGAGUUUGCCGCGACGAUUCUCUUUUCAUUUGUACUCGGAUGCCAAGUCCACGCGGGGGCAUUGGCAUACGGUGUCCGGCGUAGCGAGGUCAGCGCUUAG